CAUCAACCUCCCUGUUCCCCCAUCCCAUCCCAUUCUUCUUGCAGCCUUCAAUUCUUGAGCAAGCUUUGCAUUGUUGCCGGGCUCGCCUUGCUCUAACUGUAUCAUUAUUGCCCGCCGUCGCCUCCUCGCCAAAGCGACCCUGCCAGACAGUGCGAGCCUUCCGGGUGCCCACCAACGGAACAGCUUAGCUACCCUCGUUCGUGCUUCUCAAAUCCCGUUUGAACGUCCGACACGCUCUUGUUUGACUCUCCCCCUUCCUUCCAUCCUCCCGCCCGUGCCAUCAACCCGUCGCUCGCUACCAUCUCUCUGCAAAGCGCUCUGUAUAGGCAAUGGCUUCGAACCAGACCCCUCAGGCUCCCAACAAUCUGGACCGCUACGUCGUUAUCCACAUCGCAACUACCUGCGACGAGCACGGUGUAUACGUGACCAAGGACUCGGCCGAGGUCAUUGAGAUUGGAUGGCUGCUUCUUGAUGCAAAGACGAGUGAGGAGCUGCAUCGUGAACAGAUCCUCGUCAAGCCCGUUAACACUCCAAUCACUCCACUUUGCACAAGCCUAACGACCCUGACUUGGGAGCAUGUCAAACAUGCCGGCACGUUCCGAGAGGCUAUCAAUCGCUUCGAUCAGUUCGCACAAGAGCACCUCUUGUCCAAGAACCUGGAAUUCGCGUUUGUCACCCUGGAUGCUUGGGAUUUGAGGGUCCAGCUGCCGCGCGAGGCUCGUGACAAGUCGGUCGUGCUACCUCCGUACCUCCAGCACUCUCGCACCUUUGAUCUUCGUACCGAGUAUCAGCACUGGCAAGCUCAUCAUCCAGAGUCUCUUCCCUUUGGAUCCAGCGCUCUCUCCAACAUUUGUGCCGCUCUUGAAGUCGAACCCGUCCAGUCGUCAGCGCCCAUCAAGCACAAUCUGCCCUUCCACCUUCAGGCACUCGCUCCAGCGAACCCACGCCGCGCGCUCGAGGAGGCCAUCACCCUCGCCAGAGUUCUGCGAGGCCUGAUCAGGAAAUCCCAGCCCUUCUCCGAACAUCCUGACGUGCUUACGCGGCCGAUGGAUGCCCGUGCUGAUGUUCGAGCCUUCCUCAGCGAGCGAAGCAAAGUUCUUCACAUGAGCGGCUUGCCUCAUGAUACAACCCAGUCGGAACUGGAGAGCUGGUUCACCCAGUACGGCGGCCGACCGAUCGCCUUCUGGACGCUUCGCACUCCUGAUCAGCAUAAGCCUACAGGAACAGGAUUCGCAGUGUUCUCGUCGCACGAAGAGGCUGCCGAGAGUUUAUGCAUGAAUGGCCGCGCUCUGAACGAAAAGGCCAUCGAGGUUUCGCCUUCAUCGUCACGCGUACUUGACCGCGCUGCUGAGAUUCUAACCCCGUUCCCACCGAGCAAGAAUCGUCCGCGGCCAGGUGACUGGACUUGCCCUUCAUGUGGGUUCAGCAACUUCCAACGCCGCACCGCCUGCUUCCGCUGCAGCUAUCCGCUGUCUCAGGCUAUGCCCCCUCACGAUGCCAUGGGCUACGGCUAUGGCUACGGCGGCCCUCAGAUGAUGCACCACGGUCCACAUGGACAUGGUAUCGGUGGGCGCUCACAGUCGACACUGGGUGCAUCCGCACCCUUCCGGCCCGGUGAUUGGCGAUGCGGCGUCGAGACGUGCAAUUACCACAAUUUUGCCAAGAACGUGAAUUGCCUGCGUUGUGGAGCUCCGCGCUCACAAGCCUCUAUCGUCGCAGACUCAACCAACUUCAACGCCAUGAACGAUCCUUCCUUUGGAAUGGGCCAGCCGCCUAUGGCUGCCAAUCCCGGAGGCGGGCCUUUUGGUCCUGCCGGCUUCGGCGCCCCCGGUGCCUUUCCCAACCCCGGCUUUGCAGGACCCCCUAGUGGUUACGGUAUGCCUUCAGCCAUGGGUGCACCGUCACCUUUCCCACCCAUGGGCGGCUAUGCCGCUGCUGCUAAUGGCGGUAUGCACCAAUCUGCUGGGUUUGAUGCCCGGACCGAGUCCGCAUUUUCAGGUGCUGGCCCAUCGGCCGCUGGAUCUGUCGCUCCUGUCACCACGGGUGGCACUGCAAGCUACAAUGGAGCCAAUACCGGCAGCUUCGAUCAGGCACCUGACCCGUUCCAUUUCCUUGGAAGCGAGCUGGGUAACAUGUCGCUGAACGAUUCACGCCGUCAGGCAGGCGCGGGUGCCACUAAGUCUCCCAACUAGUCAUGGAGGAAGGCGACAUUAUCCACAUGGAAAAGAUUGUGUGGAAGCAAAACUACGUGGAUGUGUUUGUUAGGUCUGGUCGGUCACGCCUUUGCUUAAGUGUCCGAUGGACCGACAAUUUCGUCGUCGUAUGCUUACAUACUUCUUUGCUUCAUCUUCCUUAGUAUGCCAACCUGCUUUUUAACUUCAUUUUUCUUAUCUCGCUCUUCAUAUUCAGGGCCUGCAUGGUGUCGGGUGGGGAACAAACAGGGGGCUGGAACGGCGGAUGGGUACAAUGGAAAACGCUCAACACACAAGCACACUACUACUAGAUCUGGCGGCCUUACCAAAAGUUGAACACUCGAGAACCAUUUUUGCAAGGAGCUAAAGAAGCGGGGAGUCACGAAGAAAGAAGGCUGCUUUCCAGAACCUCGCUAUUGCUCUUGUGUCCUCGAUUUUCAUUCUCACUGUUUGCUUCUUUUAUUUUCUUUUCCUCUUUGAUUGUCUGCCCUUCGUCUCCUCAUUUGUACCUAAAUUGCUUCAAGAUUCCUUUGUCUCUCAUCAAUCUGCGUGCGUGUGUUUUGUCCAGGCUCCUUCUCUUACGGUGGGAGGGAGCGGAAGUGGGAUAUGUUAGGUGUUUGUAAAUUGCAAGACUAGGAGGGGCGCCGGCAUUUGAGAAGAAAAAAAGAACUGUUCUGGUUUUUUGUAUGUAUCCCGGGUGGCGGAAACGGAAGACAAAAGAGCAAACUGAUGGCAGGAUGUUAAAAGCAUACAAGUUGCCGGAACCCGUACCUUCACAGCAACAACAUCAAGCAAAAUAUGGGGGUGGCGCCAUGGCAAAAAAAGAUCACACGAUCACGGCAUACCAGGUUGCAAGGAUGGGAAAACUUCGUGGGGAAUUAAACAAGACUGCUUUGCUCUUCUCUGAACAGACAACGUUAAGGGUAAUGGAUGGAUGGGUUCGGUUGCUGCAACUGACUGCUACUGCUACUGCUACUACUUGCUUACUUGCUGGAAGGGUGGGGUUUCAAUUCGGAUUCUCAUUAGCGAGGCGAAGGGCGGGGUGGGCAUCAAAUGGGAUAUCUGUCUUUUCUUGCUCGCUCGAGAUCAAUAUGCACUGCGUUUUGUCACCGCUCUCUUCUUUUGUCCUGUACGAUUGAAAUCGCUGUGAGUUUCAUGGUGUUUAGACUGGGGGGGGAGAGGCGGUGCAGUAGGGCAAAUUUCAUCAGCAAAUAGGAAAGCCGUGGUGAUAAUAUCUUCACUUAUUUAUUCAUUACGACCUUGACUUUCAAAUCAAGGAGAAGCUGCGAGGAACCAGCAAGAGAGACAUGGCCUAAUUUUUGUACUAGAAACGAUUUUCUUCGCAGCGAAACAAGCAAUUGGC